AAAUUCAUCUCUCCAUCUCUUCCCCCUCUUCACCCUGUGUGGGUUAACUUAACAGAUACAUAGCAGUCCACUCCUCCUCUGUCUUCUCUCGUUCUUGGAAAGCUUCAAUCUCAUCCCUUGUUACUUGCUCUUUACUUGCUCUUUUUCCCAGCUCUUCCUCCCUGAAACCACUAGCCUUUCUCUCUUUCCUUCACUUUUUCUUUUUUGACGUGACCAGCGACAGGUUCAGAGCGAUAGCAGGCUGCCUAUCAAAGGAGGAGAGAUAAAGAGAGGGGGAGAGGAAGAGGAGAAGCCUGCUCUUUGAUCAAGUCUGUCAGCCCAAACAACCACAAAUACAGGAAGCAUGUCUACUCCCGUGUCCCCAUCCCCCUCCCUCUCCCCCCUGACCCUGGCCUCCCCCGUGGCCACCCCUGGGGCCUCUCCCCUGCCCUCCCCCCUUUCCCCCCCUCCCAGGGUGCCAGUGUUCCAGAGGAAGGGGGCGCUGAAACACAAGAGGAUCAUCGAGGUCAAGGACCACCAGUUCACCGCUCGCUUCUUCAAACAGCCCACCUUCUGCAGCCACUGCACUGACUUCAUCUGGGGAAUUGGAAAGCAGGGAUUUCAAUGUCAAGUGUGCAGUUUCUCUGUCCACAAGCGAUGUCACGAGUAUGUAACGUUCACCUGUCCUGGAGCCCCCACUGCUCCUUCAGAAGACUUGAAGAGUAAACACAGAUUUCGACCUCAGACCUACACUUCUCCAACGUUCUGUGAUCACUGUGGUUCUCUGCUCUAUGGCCUUAUCCAACAGGGCAUGAAAUGCUCCUGUUGUGAGAUGAAUGUCCACAAGCGUUGUGAGAGCCUGGUGCCCAGCCUGUGUGGUCAAGAUCAUACAGAGAAGAGAGGCAGGAUCCACCUGACCGUCCGGGGAGAGAACGAGGACAUCUUCAUCACAGUGCGGGAGGCUCGUAACCUGAUCCCCAUGGACCCCAACGGCCUGUCUGACCCCUACGUGAAGCUCAAGCUAAUCCCUGACCCCAAGAGCCAGAGCAAACAGAAGACCAAGACUAUCCGCUCCACACUCAACCCCGUCUGGAACGAGAGCUUCACCUUCUCAGUGCGCGGGCGGCAGUGGGACCGUCGUCUGUCGGUGGAGGUGUGGGAUUGGGAUCGUACGUCUCGGAAUGACUUCAUGGGAUCGCUGUCGUUCGGAGUGAGCGAGAUAUUCCGUCACUCAGUUAGCGGCUGGUUCAAACUGCUGGAUCAGGAUGAGGGAGAGUACUACAACAUGCCUGUCCCUGACGAAAAUGAGCCUAGUGGUCUAGAUGCUAUUCCCCCCUCCCUUCUCCCCCCCUCCCUGAGGCCUUCCCCUGUGUCUGUGUCUGUCCCUGUCCCCGUGUCUGUCCUGUCCCCCUCAGCCCCGUCAGUCCCCUGUCUGGCCACCCUACCUGCAGGACCGGUCAAGCCCAGGGUUUGCCUCCAGGACUUCAACUUCCUCAUGGUGCUGGGAAAAGGCAGCUUCGGAAAGGUACUGAAACACACCUACACCUGUCUGUAGACACACUGUAAUAAA